GACCCCCUGGGCGAUCUGGGCCGCGAUGACGAAUGCGCACAGCGGGGCGCCUCGUGCGCUCUCCACGCGUUGCAGCUUCGACCAGCGGAACUUCAGGAUUCGGAAGACUUUGGAGAGAUUGAUGUCGACCUUGAUGACUUGCAUCAUCCAUCUGUCCCUGACGGCUACCUUGCAGCUCGUUGCACCCACCGUUCCUAUUGCAUCAUGGGCCGGCCAAGUCCUUACAUGGUGGUGGCCGGCCGUAGUGAUGCCGUUGGCAUGGAAAGCAUCAACGGUGGCAACGUCGGUUACUACAACAGUCUCAUGGAUGCUGCUUGGUCCCAUUGUGGCAGCUCCAGCUGUGUGAUCAUCACGAACCCCAAGGGCUUUCGGACUCAGAGCCGCUUUCACAUCCAUUAUCGACACCAAAGCGGGUAUGGCAAGUCGCUCAAGUCCAAGAUGGAGGCCAAGGUCUGUCAUGCUCAAGGCUGGCAUCAUGGAGACUUUCCAUGCGGCGGUCAAGCGAAACUCUUUUCAGGACAUGUUGGCGCGAUGAGCGCUGCUAUGGGUUCAGGAGGCAUUGGCAGCGCCGGCGUGUCAGUGUGGCCCCAGGCAUGCGGAGGUCAUGGCACGAUCAUCCUUGUCACGUACCACUGCAGCAUCGAGCACAGCAUUGCCAUCGUUCCAGCCCAUUGA